GUGAGUAGUAUCUGUCUCAUGGUUUGUUGUCAUGUGAUUUUGGUCUAAUUUUAUUAAAAGCGCGUUCUGGGAUUCUGGAAUCUUCGUGGGCCUUGGGGAGGGGACGGACCCUGUGGUUUCGGAAUACUUUGGACAAUUACGUGCGUAUUAUCUCGCGAUUCGGCCCAAGACUCGGAGCUUUCAGUCCUUCGGAGAGAGAUCUCCAUCUCUCAAAGAAUUUAGGUGGUUGUUAUAGAAGAAAAUGGAUAUUGAUGAAGUCUUGUGUGAUGUGCGAAUCAUAAACCUCCCUUCAAGGAGUGCAAUAUAUGUGUGGGGCUAUAACCAGAGUGGGCAGACAGCAAGGAAGGGUAAGGAGUGCCAUUUGAGAAUUCCGAAGAGUCUUCCAUCCAAGCUUUUCAAGGGUACGGGAGGAGAGAACCUGCGAUGGUUGGAUGUUGCAUGUGGCCAGGAACAUACUGCAGCAGUAGCCUCUGAUGGGUCACUAUUUACAUGGGGCUCAAAUGAAUUUGGUCAGUUAGGGGAUGGAACUGAGGAGAGUAGAAAGCACCCCAAAAAGGUUAAGUUAUUGCAGACAGAGUUUGUGAAAUCUGUAUCCUGUGGAGCACAUUGUACAGCUGCUAUUGCAGAACCGCGGGAGAAUGAUGGCACAAGUUCUAAUCGUAGACUUUGGGUUUGGGGACAAAAUCAGGGGUCAAACUAUCCACGUAUAUUUUGGGGAGCCUUUACUCCAAACACAAUAAUACGCCAAGUUUCUUGUGGGUCAGUUCACGUAGUGGCUCUAUCUGAGGAUGGUCUUCUGCAAGCAUGGGGCUACAAUGAGUAUGGUCAGCUUGGCAGAGGCUUUACUUCUGAAGGACUACAAGGAGCUCGUGUAUUGAAUGCAUAUGCGAGAUUCCUCGAUGAAGCCCCCGAGCUUUUGAAGAUCACACAAGUGUCAUGCGGGGAGUACCAUACAGCAGCAAUAUCAGAAAAUGGCGAGGUGUAUACUUGGGGGCUAGGAAGUAUGGGACAACUUGGGCAUUGCUCUCUUCUGUCCGGGGAUAAAGAGCUGCUUCCAAGGCGAGUGGUCGCCCUAGAUGGAAUAUUUGUUAAAGAUGUUGCCUGCGGUGGUGUACAUACAUGUGCUGUAACCUCAAAAGGUGCCCUUUAUGCUUGGGGUGGUGGGCAAGCCGGGCAGUUAGGGCUCGGCCCCCAUAAUGAUUUGUUUUCUUGCAUUGCUAAUGCAUCUGAUAUGUUACUAAGAAAUAUUCCGGUGUCGGUUAUUCCUAAUGGAGUGCAACUCAUUACUUGUGGUCAUUCUCACACACUUAUUUCUAUGAGAGAUGGAAGGAUAUAUGGAUUUGGUUACAACAGUUAUGGUCAGGCAGCUAAUGCUAAAUCUACAUAUGCCUGGUUCCCUUCACCUGUUGAUUGGUGUGUGGGAAAGGUUACGAGACUGGCAGCUGGUGGUGGUCAUUCAGCUGUUCUAACUGAUGCCUGCUCUCUGAAAGAAUUGUGUGAGUUCAGGCUUGCAGAGAAUGUGAAUCUAUCGAAUUCUUAUAUAAUUGAGGAUGUUGCAUCUCGAAUUGGUGCAGAUGCCCUGGCACGGCUGUGUGAAAGAUUGAGGGAGCAUUCGUUUGUGCAAGGCAAUUGUCACUGUGAAGAAAAAGAGGACAGCAAUGAAGGCUAAGAUGAAAGCCUGUGAAGUUAACUCUCCUUUGUGUUAUGUAAUAUUUGUCUUAUUCAAAGAGCAUAGCGUCUUGCGUAAAAUCAGAAAAAGAAAAAGAAAAGCAUAAGCCAAGUAUGAACAGUCAUAAUUUAUUAUCUUGUCAAACUGAACCAUGAAAGGUUACCUAUGUAAAAUUUAUUUGAGAAAAACAACAUUCAUAGGUUGCAAGAGCACCUGUCUGGUUUAUGAAGCAGCUAUUAUUACC